ACUUCAAAAGUGUCGUUUGUGGCUACUGUGUAGCUCUGGCUGCUCUCUGUGUGUGUUGUGCGUUUGGUUGAAGGGAAGCGGCCGCUGUGGGGUCGUUACAAACGUUGAUUCUUGGCGUUGUUCGCGGUCGUUCGUCGAUGGCACUGUAUUGACUGUAUCGCGCGUGCAGCUCCUGCGAGCCCCUCGCGGAUUAGCGCGGAUCUGGGACGCUUUCGCCGACGAGAGAUCAUCGAUCCUUUCUCUCCCGAUCCCGGCCGCGGCGCCGUGAUGGCAACAAUUUCCACGGCCGCGCCGACGUCGGCGGAUGCCUGCCUCAGCAUCGUGCAUAGUUUGAUGUGUCACAGGCAGGGCGGUGAGUCGGAGAGCUUCGCCAAGCGAGCCAUCGAGAGCCUGGUGAAGAAGCUGAAGGAAAAGCGGGACGAGCUGGACAGUCUGAUCACGGCGAUCACAACGAACGGUGCGCAUCCCAGCAAGUGUGUGACCAUUCAGCGAACUUUGGACGGCAGGCUUCAGGUCGCGGGGAGGAAAGGCUUCCCGCACGUUAUUUAUGCCAGGAUCUGGAGGUGGCCCGACCUGCACAAGAACGAGCUGAAGCACGUCAAGUACUGCCAGUACGCGUUCGACCUCAAGUGCGACAGUGUGUGUGUCAAUCCUUACCACUACGAGCGGGUUGUGUCGCCUGGGAUCGACCUGUCGGGCCUCACCUUACAACAUUCAGACGUGUUCGGCGGCGGCGAGGGCCACUACGUGAAGAAUGAGUAUGGAGACCUGGACUGCGGUCCGAGCGGCCUGCAGCACACGCCACAGACGAUCCAGCACCACCCCACGCAGGGACCCCCGCAGGCCUCGGCCGCAGACCCUUACGGACGGCCGAUGCUGCUCUCGCCCACCAGCACGGGCCCCACGUCUCCCAACGGCAGCCUGGCCAGUCAGUCGAGUCAGCCGCCCACGCAGCAGCAGCCGCCACCCCCCGUCCAGCCGGCCCAGCAGCAGCCGGCCGGCCAGCCUCAGCUUCAGCAGGCCCCGGCUCCGCAGUCGCCCGCGCUGCAGGGCGCCGUCGCCCCGUCCCCAUCCGGCCCGGUGAACGUGUCCUUGGUGCAGUCCCAGGCGGGGUUCUUUGGGGCGGUCCUCGACAACCAGCCCAUGAUCCAAGCACCAACGAGCUCGGCAAGCAUAGAUUCGUUUAGUUCUCGUGAAGCCCCGCCCACCUCCUCAGGCAUCAACUGGGACGCAGUUCUAGGCAGGGCUAUGCUGGAGCGGAUGAAUAUCGAAAGCAGCAAGGUGCCUUUGUCAGGGAUAAAGACAUCCACACAUAGUGGGAAAGUGGACACCAGCAUAGCUCCCCUCUCCCCUCACGUCCCCCAGAAUGGGAUGAAUGGGCUGAACCAGCAACAGUCACUGCAGUCCUUUUCAAGCACAGGUGGAGGGACGUGGACAGGGAAUAGCACGCUCUCGUACACUCAGACAAUGGUGCCUCCCACCGGAACAGAUAACUCUUUAAGGCAGCAGCACCCUGGAUUUUGGCAACACCACAAUAUUUUGCAGCAAGAUAUGCCUUUGCAGGGAACACUUUCGAGCCAGCCAGCUCCCGAGUACUGGUGCUCCAUUGCGUACUUCGAGCUGGACCAGCAAGUGGGUGAGACCUUCAAGGUGCCGUCAACCUACUCGGGCGUCAUCAUCGAUGGUUACGUGGACCCCUCGGGAGGAAACCGCUUCUGUCUCGGUGCCCUCUCCAACGUGCACCGGACAGAGAAGAGCGAGAAAGCCAGGCUGCACAUCGGCAAAGGGGUGCAGCUGGACCUGCGAGGGGAAGGGGACGUGUGGCUGCGCUGCCUCAGCGACCACAGCGUCUUCGUGCAGAGCUACUACCUGGACAGGGAGGCCGGGAGGGCUCCGGGAGACGCUGUGCACAAGAUCUACCCAAGUGCCUACAUCAAGGUGUUCGAUCUCCGCCAGUGUCACGGACAGAUGCAGCAGCAGGCGCAGACGGCCCAGGCAGCUGCUGCGGCCCAGGCGGCGGCAGUGGCCGGACACAUCCCGGGGCCCGCCUCUGUCGGAGGCAUCGCUCCCGCCAUCAGUCUGUCGGCGGCUGCCGGCAUCGGGGUGGACGACCUGCGGCGGCUGUGCAUCCUGCGGCUGAGCUUUGUCAAGGGCUGGGGCCCCGACUACCCCCGGCAGAGCAUCAAGGAGACCCCCUGUUGGAUCGAGGUGCACCUGCACAGGGCCCUGCAGCUGCUCGACGAGGUUCUCCACUCCAUGCCCAUCCAUGACCCCAGGCCCCACGACUAGGGCCCCCCCUCUCCAAUCAAAAUAAAUUGCGCCUGAAGUA